AUGGCUCAACCUCAGCCCUUAUCGUCGAUGACACUGGAAGACUUGUACUCUGCAGUCUUUGCAGAAGCUGGCAUCGCACCUGGGAUUCUCCACUUCGUAAAACGAAACGAAGUCCAAUCAUACUAUCGUAGUAUUCUACCGCCUAAAACCAAGAUGCGACAGCCAGCGCCUGGCGAGAUGACCGGAAUGCAAGACAAAAUCGAUUACCUGAACUCCCUCGUCGCAGAGUCAACCCAAUUGGUCGACCUCUUCCCCGAUCUCGUCAACCAGUUUAAAAAUCCAAGGGUGAAUCCAUCGGUAUCACAAUAUGAAAGGGCCCUGCAAUUCGGUAGAUGCUACGUCCGCAUCACCGAGAUAGGUGUAGAUUGGGAGCUCAUGGUUGAAUCUACCAAGAUGAACUUAGAUGAAGCCAAAGAGAUCCUACGACAGGGGUAUAGGCCCAACAGUCUCACGGAAGAUGAACUGCAGACCUUGAGAGACGAGAUUAAUAUCUGGGAGGAAAAGUAUCCGCCUAUAGAUGCUGCAAGGACGGCGUUGAACCUGAGAUUUAGAUUCAUCGUAAAAGGUGAUUAA